CACAUGGCUGCUUCUGGAAACAUCAUGACAACAGAGAAGAGUUUAGUGGUUGAGGCUGAGAAUUCUCAACACCAACAACAGAAGGAAGAAGGUGAGGGAGCCACAAACUCAGGCCAACAAGAAACUCAGUUGGAAGAGUCUUCCCAAGCGGCAGCUGAGGGAGAUCAUCAGUGUGAGCAGAAGCUGAAAGCAUCCAAUGGGGACACUCCAACACAUGAAGACUUGACCAGGAACAAGGAACGGACGGCAGAAAGCAGAGGCCUGUCACGACUACUCUCCUCGUUUCUCAAAAGGCCCAGACCUCAGGUCUCUGAAGAAGAAGGCAAAGAAGUAGAGCCAGAUAAAGAAAAAGGUGAAGGUCAGAAAGAGAUAUUAUUUGGGACUGGUCUUGAUGAAGAGAUCAUUUUAAAGGCCCCCAUUGCAGCUCCUGAACCUGAGCUCAAAACAGACCCGUCCUUGGAUCUUCACUCAUUAAGCAGUGUAGAAACACAGCCAGCUCAGGAAGAACACAGAGAAGAUCUAGGUUCUGAAACUAAGGAAGGAGAAGGAAUUGAAGAGUGCUCUAAAACAGAAGUAAAAGAAGAUCCCGAAUCAAAAGCAGACAGAGAAUUAGAAGCCUCCGAGAAACCAGUCAGAAGACACAGAAACAUGCACUGCAAGGUCUCUUUGUUGGAUGACACAGUUUAUGAAUGUGUUGUGGAGAAACAUGCGAAGGGACAAGACUUGCUUAAACGAGUGUGUGAGCACCUCAAUCUCCUGGAAGAAGACUACUUUGGUUUAGCUAUUUGGGAUAGCGCAAGCUCUAAGACAUGGCUGGAUUCUGCCAAAGAAAUAAAAAAACAGGUUCGAGGCAUUCCUUGGAAUUUCACAUUCAAUGUGAAGUUUUAUCCACCUGACCCAGCACAGUUAACAGAAGACAUAACAAGAUACUAUUUAUGUCUCCAGCUGCGGCAGGACAUCGUGGCAGGACGCCUGCCCUGUUCCUUUGCAACCUUAGCAUUACUAGGCUCUUACACCAUCCAGUCUGAGCUGGGAGACUAUGACCCAGAGCUUCACAGUGUGGAUUAUGUUAGUGAUUUUAAAUUGGCUCCAAAUCAGACCAAGGAACUUGAAGAGAAGGUCAUGGAAUUACAUAAAUCAUACAGGUCCAUGACUCCAGCUCAGGCUGACUUGGAAUUUCUUGAGAAUGCCAAAAAGUUGUCUAUGUAUGGAGUUGAUCUUCAUAAAGCAAAGGAUUUGGAGGGAGUCGAUAUCAUCCUAGGAGUCUGCUCUAGUGGCCUUUUGGUUUACAAGGAUAAGUUGAGAAUUAACCGCUUUCCUUGGCCCAAAGUACUAAAGAUUUCAUACAAACGUAGCAGCUUUUUCAUCAAGAUUCGGCCUGGAGAGCAAGAGCAGUAUGAAAGCACCAUUGGCUUCAAACUUCCCAGUUACCGAGCAGCUAAGAAACUGUGGAAGGUCUGCGUGGAGCAUCACACGUUUUUCAGGCUGACUUCUACAGACACCAUUCCCAAAAGCAAAUUUCUUGCCCUAGGAUCCAAAUUUCGCUACAGUGGCCGGACUCAAGCUCAGACUAGGCAAGCUAGUGCCCUAAUUGACAGGCCUGCUCCACACUUUGAGCGAACAGCAAGCAAACGGGCAUCCCGGAGCCUUGAUGGAGCAGCAGCUGCUGAGUCCACGGACCGAAGUCCUCGGCCCACCUCUGCACCAGCCAUUGCUCAGAGUCAGAUCACAGAAGGCACUGGGUCAGGGGCACCUGUCAAAAAAGCACAGAAGGAAGCUGUGAAGGUUGACAUGAAAGGGGAAGAGCCACCUGAGCCAGCUGAACCAGAGCCCACAGAAGCAUGGAAGGUGGAAAAAAACCACAUCGAGGUCACAGUACCCACCUCAAAUGGUGACCAAACACAGAAAAAGAGAGAGAGACUAGAUGGUGAAAACAUUUAUAUCAGACAUAGCAAUUUAAUGUUGGAGGAUUUAGACAAGAGUCAAGAAGAGAUCAAAAAGCAUCAUGCCAGCAUCAGUGAGCUGAAAAAGAACUUCAUGGAGUCUGUACCAGAACCACGGCCUAGUGAAUGGGAUAAGCGCUUAUCUACGCACUCCCCCUUCCGAGCUCUCAACAUCAAUGGCCAAGUCCCUACAGGAGAAGGAGUGAAGAAAACCUCUAUCCUCCCCUCGGAAAGAAAGGUUGGUGGGCCAGAGAAUGUAAAUGGCAUUCGUGCAGAGGAGGUAGCUGUCGGGACAAAAGGGCCGUCCACCCACCCUGCCUCUGAAUGGGAGGGCCCCAAGCAGUCAGUAGUUCCUAGUCAGAGCCUGAUGACCACCCCAUCGUCGGAGUCACUACAGAGCUUUGGCUGUGGCUCCCUCUCCAUAAACUGCAAGGAGACAGAAGAGAAGGAGCAGGGGGCAGCUGGCUAUCUUGAUGUUAAUGAGAUGCCGAGAGGCCCAAGUGGGGAAUGUGUAGGAAUGAAGGAACAGGCCAGUACCUUAAAUUUCUCAGUAACUCCAGCUUCCUGUCAGCUGCAACUUGCUGAAAAAAAGGCAGACGGUAGUGAAGAACAUGUUGCUCCAGGAGGGACACUUGAAACCCAAAAUGGAUCUUUUCUUGACUCUGGUGUGGGUAACCAGUUCCCCACCCUCAUUCGAAGUUUCCAGCCUCCCCUGGUAAAGACUCAGACUGUCACCAUCGCAGAUACUGCCAAUGCUGUGAAAAGUGAAAUCCCAACCAAAGAUGUCCCUAUCGUCCACACUGAGACCAAGACCAUUACCUAUGAGGCUGCUCAGACCGAUGAUAGCAAUGGGGACUUAGAUCCAGGAGUCCUGCUGACAGCUCAGACCAUCACAUCUGAGACCACAAGCAGCACUACCACGACUCAGAUUACCAAGACUGUGAAAGGCGGGAUUUCCGAGACUCGGAUCGAAAAGAGGAUUGUGAUUACAGGAGAUGCUGAUAUUGACCAUGAUCAGGUCCUUGUCCAAGCCAUCAAGGAGGCAAAGGAGCAGCACCCAGACAUGUCAGUGACCAAGGUGGUCGUCCACCAGGAGACUGAGAUCUCUGAGGAGUGAGCUCAGGAACCAUCCUCUCCCCACCCCUGUCCUUUUCCCAUCCAAGAGAAACCAGCAAGCAGUAAAGAAGCCAGCCUGCAACAGUCAGACUUCAGACUGCACCACAGAAAAUCAGCUUCAUUUUCUAUUUGGAAUUUAUACCAAGAGAUUCUUCUAGAUACCCUGAUCCUUCUGAGGACUUUUUUCUAUAUUGUGAUGCCAGAAAUUGAUCAACUUUUCACUCUAAGAACUGUUUUUAAGGCAUUUUUUUGUUUCUUAUGGGGUGGUUGGUGACCCCUUCAACCUAGCCUCUCCUCACUUAUCUCCAACCCAGACACCAACAGGGUCCACAGGCCUCUCAAGGACCCUCCAGAGACUGCAGCUGUGUUAGAGGCCAAAGCCAGCUCAGCGGGACUUCCUUGCUCCUCCCCUAGCUUUAUACCUUUGGAGGAUGCAGAACCUUCAUGCACCAGCUCUUUCUCUGAGCCAGCUUGUGUCAGGCAGAGCAACUGCCCUGAUCUACAAACCCCACAAAAAUGUCCUUUCCCGUGGCAAGAGUGUUUGGUGAGGUGGAGGCCUUUGCUGAGUUUGCAGGCAUCAUGUUUCUUCCCUUUCUCAAAUUCUGUUUUGGAGAGUCUUUAGGUCAGAGACAUAAGUUGCUUCACAUAGAUCUGAUACUGUGAAUGUUUGAACAUAUCUGUGGCCUUCACCUUCCCAGCUACCCUUGUACCUCAUCCGAAGCAGCAGCUCUGCCAAGUGCUCCCCAAGCUCCCAUCUCAGGAGACCAGAACGCAUGGAAAAAUUAGGCACUUUUGGCCAAAAGCACCAAUGGAACAUUUUAGUUGUGGUUUGGGGAAGGGAAGUUAAUGAGGUUCUAAAAAUCAGGUCUUCUAGUUCGGGGAGUGCUCUUCACCCAGGCAGAUCCUGCUCAGGAAUGCUUCCAGCUGCCCCAGCCUGGGGUGCUAAAGGAUGGGGCUCUGAGAAGAAGUCAUGGGCUCUGACUUUUCUCCUCUUGACAGGCAGCUGCUUGAGGACACCCUUUUGGAGCAAGGGUGUUUGUCGCCUAGUGACCAUCCUUGGACAGGACGGUUGGGGGCCACUCAUCCCCACUCACUGCCUAAGCAGUCUGUCAGGUUUGGUGGGGUUGAUUUUAUGGUGGGUUUUGAUUUAGUUUCUUUGGGGUUUUUUCAUCUUGGUUUUGAAAAGGAGGCCUGGAGUCCUUGAUUGGUGGUAAGACUUUGGCUUUGGGGGCAUUGAUUUUUAACAGUGCCUCUCUAACCUUCCAGCUUGCUCCCUACAAACAGACCUGACUUGAAGCUUGUCAGAAUCCUAAUUCUUGACUAGAAAUGAACUUGAUGAGGGUUGACAAGAAGUCAUUGACAGCAGUGGCUAGGGGCUGAACGGCAGCGAUGGGGGAAGUUGGAAACCACAGCAGUCUCCGGCCUCCACUGGCCGCUGUUUAGAUGAACUGUGCAGCUUUGAACUGAUUUUCAGUGUGCAGAUUUUUCUUUUAGUUCCCAUGAGGCUGUUAUUACCAACAAGCAGUUUGCUCCAAGAAGGGAAGGGAGAGCCCAGGUGCAGCAGUAGCAGGUUUGGGUUCCUCUUCCUCUCAGGAGCAAACUUACAGGCUGCAGCACAGGUCAGAAAAGAUGUGUGGGGCUGUGUUGCCAACAGUGGAUGCUCCCAUCCAGCAUGCAUGCAGCAGCAUGAGCUUGCUUCCUCCGCCAGCUGGAGUUUGGGGGCUCAAAGCUGAAACUUGGGAGAUGGGGAAGGGGAGAGGACACAGGGCCAUUCUGCACUGUACUCUGUGCUGUCCCCAUCAAUAUGAGGGCUUUCCUAGCACAGGACCCCAGACCUAAGGGCCUGAACUUUUACUGUCUGCCACCUUUGUCUGGAAAUUGGACCAGAGUGCUGAUGUCCUUCCAAGCUUCUCCGCCUCCUUUGCUGGCAACAGAUCUUGGGAUUAUGGUAAUUGUUUGGAUUCUUUCUGCAGUUGUGUGUGUUUAUGUGUGUGUGAAUAAGAGACUCUGUCCAGGUAGAAAUGGUGAGGGGGGAGGGAGAACCAUCUCCAGGGUCAGAGACUUGGCAGCAGUUUUCCUAAAGUGACUCAGACACACCACAGUAGCAACUUGCACUGCGAUUUUAUUUUUACUCCAGAAGUAGAUUUCCUUCAAACCACGAGAUCUCUGCCACCCACAAGUAAUACCCAUAUUCCCAAGCUGAGGGCCAAAGAGCCUAACUCCAGGGAUCCUUGUGGGUGUCUGUGUCCCUCCCCAAGCCAGUGUAUUCUGGGGGAUGCUGCACAGCCUGGUUAGGGGACCCUGGCCUACCUUGAGAAAUGGAGCUAGAGCUGACCAGUACCCCUCAGUGCUCACGGGAAAUCUCUUCCCAGGACCUUAGCCCCAGGCUGGUUGUUUUUACAAAUUUUUCUCAAAUAUACAUUUGAUAUUUUGAUGACAAAAAUGAAGGAGCUUUGUAAAUUUUUUAAAAAUUAUUCAUAUCAAGUAGUUGUUUACAUUUGACAAAAUAGGAACUAUGGCAGCAGAAUCAAAUUGAUAAAAAUCCUUAGGUGAAAUAGGCAAUAAUCAGGUCUGCAGUUUUGGCCUUUCAUAGUAACAAGUGUGGUUGUAGUGUUUAGAUAUGUUUGGUCUGGCUUCUUGUAUUGCAUUUUUCAAUAAACUUAAAAAAAAAAAA